UAAUGAUACCAAAGUUUACCCUUGGAAGGCCUUUUUCAUUGAAAGAUUCACAAAUAAUAAAUGGUUAAAUGAUCAUUGAAUAGAUGAAGAUGACGAUUGAGAAAUAAGUGACUGACAGACUGAGUAUGAUAAAAAGAUGAAUGAGGGUGAGGAGUUAGAUCCGUUAUUGUGCGUUUAAAAAUAGACAUAUUAGUGAAAUAUCGAAAGAGUAAAUAAAUUAAGAAUGAUGAUACAAAUUGUGAAAGCUGGAAAAAGAUGAAAAUUUUCACCUUGAAGGAAUUGACAUUUUUCUUAAUAAUCUUGAUCAUUUAAUCUUCACUUCUCAGUCAGUCGAUCAUCUUGUUGAUCAUCUAAAUCGAUGUGGUUAACAAUUGAUUUCUCAUUGCUCUAACCAGCCUAACCAACUCGGGCCUCGCAACUUAUACCAAUCAUUCAACAGUCUUUCAUUUAUAUUUUUGCAUUCCGUCAAACAUUACCAUUCAUGAUUAUUCCUAGACAAAAUGAUUUUAUGGACAUCAGUGAUAAUCAAAUUGACGUUAAAUCAACUAAUUUUUACCUUUUAACCUCAUCAUGUUCAUAUUGUCGACCAUUUUGAUUAAAAUUUGUGCUCAGUGAAUUUCCCAGAAUAAGCUCAAUUUUUUCAACUGCAAUUAUAAACCUGAAAUUAAAUUGAACACAAAUUAUAUUGAAUAACUAUUAAACUGUUGAUUUACUGAGUGUAUCUUUGAAUUACACAUUUAUUUACAGAUUAAAUAUCAAAAUUAAAGGUAAACCAAAAUCGAGCGAAACAAUUAGAAAAUAAAAAAGACAAGUGAAAAGACAAUGAAUAAGUUUACCUGCAAGGAGAUACUUGAACUUAUAAAUCUACUUCGUAUAGAUGUCUUCAUGUUUGUGUAUAUAUUUGGAUUUAUGUUACCCAAUGUAACCCUCAAUCAAUUAGUUCAAGACAAGGUUUGUCUGAAUGAAUUAAAAUAUGAUCGUAACUUCUGUCUUAAUUUACAAGCAGCUGAACCACAAUUUGAAAUUCAAAAAAAUCGUGUUCUUGAAUAUGCAACAACAUUGAAAAAUUAUCAAACUUUGAUCGCAACAACUCCAGGAGUGGUCCUUUCCCUAUUCAUUGGCUACUGGAUUGAUUCCUAUCCAAGUCAUCUUAAAUACCUUUUAUCAGCCCCAGCAGUCGGUGCAAUUAUCCAAGCCUUGCUGGUUAUUUAUGAUUGUGUUUAUUUUGAAAGACAUCCAGCUACGACUUUAUAUUCAUUCAUCUGCAUUGGUUUCUCAGGAGGAAUCGGCCUAGUAUUUGCAGGAACUUAUAUUUAUACGACGAGAAUGACUCCAGUCAAAUAUCGAUCCGUACGUUUUUCUGUACUUGAGUUUUUUGCUUUCUCUGGUUUUCCAGUUGCAACAGCAUUAGGUGGUAAAAUAUUGGCCUUAAAACCUUGGUUUCCGAAUCAGUAUCGUAAUUACAUUGCUGUCUUUAUUAUAACCGUUGGAGCUAACAUGUUUAACAUCAUUUGGAUUUUAUUAUUUCUUAAAGAGGAAGUACCACUCGAUGAAUCAAAUAAAUCAUUAACCAAAAGCAAUACAAGUACAUCUUUAAAUAGUGCUGCUAACAAUAAUAAUAACAACAAUAAUAACAAUAAUCUAAAUAGUAGCAAUAACAAUAUCAACAACAAUAACAUCAUAAACGAGAAGAUAAACAAAACCAAUAUAAACAACUCCAUCAAUAACACCUUGAAGGCCCCUCAAAAUGAAAUGAUUGAUUUGAAACAUGAGCUGUCCGGAUUACAAUUACAAUUGGACGAUAAGAUGAUUAAAUCCUAUGAAAACGGAAUCAAACCUGUGGACGUCAAUGAGCUUUGCAUUAUUCGUUUAGAGACUGACAAAAAAUCUGGAUCCAAAGUGAUGACGCUUAUCAAAGAUAUUUUCAAUCUGGAAAAUGUUCGUAAUAUGAUUAAAACGUGUUGCCGUCGUCGUCCAAACAAGGGUAGACUGCGUUUGUGGCACCUAAUGAUGGGCAUGACAGUGGCAUUGAUUGGUCAUCUGGGAGAAGCCGUAAUUGGAUAUCAAUUUACCCAAAAGGUUUACCACUGGGAUGCUGAAUACUUUUCCUAUGUUAAUUCAGCCUUAACAUUGAUUCCAUUGAUUGUUCAAACCAUUUCACCGGCCAUUUUAAUUCACAAGUUUCACCUCCAUGAUACAACAGUGGCUGGAAUUGGCUGUAUCUCCAUAAUGAUAUCAACUAUUGUUAAAGGAGGAAUCCUCGAGUCUUAUGCUUAUUUCAUUGCUUUCGUUUCGGGGGCUUUCAGUGGACUUCUUCCGAUUGCCUUUCGAUCCCUUGUUUCUCGGGUAAUUGAUUUCAAUGAGAUUGGACAGGUUUACGCUCUUCUGGCCUGUAUCGAAUCUUGUGCUCCAAUGAUCUCGUCCAUCUUUUAUUCAACCGUAUUCAAUGCCACCAUUGAAAACUAUCCUGGAACCGUUUUCCAUGCAGUCACAUUGAUCUUUUUUUAUCCUUUAGCGGUUAUCCUUUGGUUGGAUUUAACUCGAAAUAACUGGGAUGGUGUUGUCCUCAAUGAUGAUCAAGAUUCCAACAGUAAUAAUGGGAUGAUUGGUAAAAAUUUGGAUCCUCAGAAGAUGAUUGCACCUCCUGAAUUGAUCAUUGAAAAUUUAAUUGUGUGAAUCAAGUGUGAGAAAGUGAACCCUGAAAGAGAAUGAAAAUUUAGUUCUUUAGUCUGUUUAAAAUAAUAUUAUGGUUUCCACUGAUGAUAGUAUUUUCAACAAUAUUAUCUUUGCCAUACUAUUAUUAUUAUUAACUUCAUUAUUGUUAACAUUAAUUAAUUACAUCUAUACGUCAAACGUUUCCAAUUUAAUGCCAGCAAAUACUUUCACCUUGUUUUUUGUAACCAUCAACAAAGUUCAUCAUUGUCAUUUUUCAUCAUUACAUUCAUAUUUACAACCCUAGCCAAACAACCUAGAAAUUGAAAAUAAAUCCUCUAAAUUCAUUUUAAGCAUUCAAAUAAAAAUGAAACUCUUAUUGUUUAAUUCAACACAUUAUGAAAGCUGAUUGAAUCAUAACUGUAUAAACUGUUUCGAUGCCAAAUAAAUGAAACUUAAUAAAAUACUAA